AUGGCUGAUAAGUGUCAUUUGUGUCUGCUGGGACUGAUCAUUCUCUCUUCACUUCUCACAGGUACCAGUGGAGUGAAUGAGACUCAUGUGUUCAUCAGUUCUGGUGAAAAUGUCAGUCUGCCCUGUAAUAAUCAUCUUCAUGACUGCAAAUCAACUACAUGGAUCUGUAAUAACAGACAAUCAGCAGCAGUUGAACUGAUUGCCCAUGGGGAAAAGAAGAAAGACAUCGAGAGACAUGAGAGACUGAGUCUGGGGUCUGACUGCUCUCUGAACAUCAACAACAUCACAAAAGAAGAUUCUGGAUUUUACAUCUGUCAACAAUGGACAGAUGUGAAUGGACAACACCAAAAACAAGCAAAUGAUACACGUGUUUAUCUGCAUGUCAUUCAUGUCUCUUCAUCAUCCUCACAGACUGAGAUCAGUGCAGGCAGCUCUGUGACUCUCUACUGUCAGUUGUAUUCAUAUGCUGGAUUCUCUUGUGAUGAUUUGAUCCGUUCUGAGGGAAUUCAGCUGUUCUGGGUGAAUCAGGCUGGUGUUAAACUGACAAUAUCAGACUCCAGAUAUCAGAUAUCAGCUCCAGGACACUGUAUCAUCACUCUGACUACAACACUCCUGAAUGAAGAUGACAACAGAGAGUGGAGAUGUGAAGUUACUCACAGAGAUCAAGUCAAGACCUCAGUCACAUAUACUGUCAAGAGUUCAGGUACCAGUGGAGUGGAUGAUGCUCAUGUGUUCAUCAGUUCUGGUGAAAAUGUUCGUCUGCCCUGUAAUAAUGAUCUUCAUAACUGCACAUCAACUACAUGGAACUAUAAUAACAGACAUUCAGGAGCAGUUGAACUGAUUGCCGAUGGGAAAAAGAAGAAAGGCACAGAGAGACAUGAGAGACUGAGUCUGGGGUCUGACUGCUCUCUGAACAUCAAGAACAUCAUAAAAGAAGAUCAUGGACUUUACAGCUGCCAACAAUAUGUGAAUGACACACAACAAGGAGCUGAUGCACGCGUUUAUUUGCAUGUCAUUCAUGUCUCUUCAUCAUCCUCACAGACUGAGAUCAGUGCAGGCAGCUCUGUGACUCUCUACUGUCAGUUGUUUUCAUAUUCAAAAACUGGAGUCUCUUGUGAUUAUUGGAUCCGUUCUGGGGAAAUUCGGUUGUUCUGGGUGAAUCAGGCUGGUGUUAAACCGACAAUAUCAGACUCCAGAUAUCAGAUAUCAGCUCCAGGAUUCUGUAUCAGAACUCUGACUACAACACUCCUGAAUGAAGAUGACAACAGAGAGUGGAGAUGUGAAGUUACUCACAGAGAUCAAGUCAAGACCUCAGUCACAUAUACUGUCAAGAGUUCAGAUCCAGGAGAAAGUGAAGUCAGUUGGACUGAUGGAUCAUUAUUCAGAGAGAUUUUGAUUAUUCUUGAGACUGCAGUGUUUGCGGCUCCUACUGUGAUUCUUCUUCAGAUCAUCUGUGCAAGAAGAGCUGGGAGGAAAAGACUCGCAGCACCGAGAGAAAAUAUAAAUACAGUAUUAGAAUAAAAUACUCUCUACUAAUAACAAAUAACAGGCCAGAUUACAGCAAGAUUUAUCUUCACAUCAAUGAUAUUCUGGAUAUUUGCAUGUGGUUUUCAAGGAUAUUUGCUCCAUAUACUGUACUGAAUGCUUUAAAUGUAUUAUUAAAUACAGAGAUCAACAAAGCAAGA